UCUUUGUGUCUAUGACCGAGUGCAUGGUGAUCGUCUAACCUAAAUAUGUGCACUCGGAGCACCAGAAAUAAUUCAUAAUAACCAUUUAUUUUCGUGGUAACACUAUUUUCCUUGCACCCAUUUGUAACGUAAGUCAUAUAACGGAAACUGCGCCGCCGUUCUCUUGCGCGAGUGUCGCGAUUCGACGGCCAUAAAUGAUAAUGCUGCAGUUCAGCACGAUGCUGUGUACUGCGACUGCCAGGCUCGCGCCCCGUUCGCCCGCCUGGCGCUUCACCGCUCUCGUGGCUUGCAACUCCAGCACGGCGGUCACCGGCGAGCAACCCGCCGCAUCUGUGAAUGAGGACGAUGGUAGCAAAUUCUCUAAGGUGCAAGCUGUUCUACAGAAGGAAGAGAAGCAGAAAUCUAAGGAGACGGAUAUCCGGACAAUCCUUCGCGCAACAGAAGGAAUAAACGGUAGGAAGAAACGGUCGAGUGAAAACGACACAGUAUUUUUCAAACAGUUUCAAGCCGCCAAGUCUGUAAACGACUUGCUGGACUUGGCAGUAUUACCAAAUCUGUCUACAAGUAAUGCUCUGAAGCUGAUAUCAAGCAUUACUAAUCAGAUAAACAGUGGAAAAUCACAGACAUUAGAUAUCGAAUCUGAUGAAAGAUUUAUUUACCUCAGGAAGAUAGUUAAGGGUGGUAGUGAGAUGAAAACUCAAGAGACAUCAUUGAAUGACCUGUCAAAAUACUCCCAGUUAUCCACACCUGCAAUGAUUGCAGUGAUUGCGUCAUUGAGAGAACAAGGACAGAGAAAUACUCCGUUAUUAAAGAUGUUGUCAUACAAUAUUGUCAAAUACAAUACAACAUUAGAUUUGAAGCAAUGUGCAACUUUAUUAUACAGCAUGGCUGUACUCAAUUUUCCAGACAAGGUAUUACUGGAAAAAAUCACAUCUGAUUUAUUGGAAUGUAUACCAGAAAGCUGCAAUGCUGCUAUAAAUAAAUCUAUAAUAACGUCACUAGGAUUUCUGCGUUAUAAGAAUGUAGAUGUACUUGAUGCGUUCUGUGACACAUUCUUUAAGAAAUCCAUGAAUUACAAAUUUUUGGAUUAUUCAUCAAUACUACAAACGUUUGCAGCUCUACAGUUUAAAUCGCAGAAAGCAAAUUUGUUUAUUGAGAAAUUUGCAGAGCAUGCAAACCCAUUUCAAACAUCUUGGAUUGAAUGGCUGGAUAUUGUUUGGUCUUUAGCAGUUUUAGAUGCAGCGCAGACAUCUCAUGUAAAAUUUGUACUACAGCCUGCAUUUCUAGAAAAAUUACACAACAGCCAGCUAAAUAUAUCAAAGAUAUUAAAAAUAUUAAAUAUCAAUGCCGUUGCGCAGUUUGUACUAAAGGAUUAUGAAGGGCCUCUUUUAGAGAAAGAUUCAGAAUUUCAUAAUGUAUCUAUAGUUAGAUCAAAGGAAAAACAAAUGUAUAUAAAUGCGUUGUUGGAAACACUAACGGAAGUAUUACCAUCUUCGUCUUAUUUUAAAAUAAAUUUUGAUACAAACAUGGGCUUUUCGUUAGAUGCAGAAUAUCGCAUAAAUGAUCAACAUAGGCUUAUGAAAGUGGAAGAUUGGAAUGAACAAUCGAAUAUUGUACAAAGGAUAGCAAUAAUGGUGAACGAUUAUCAUGAUUAUUGCAUAGGACAAAAUGAUCUCAUAGGAUCAGCAUAUUUAUACACACAAUUGUUGAAAGCCAGAGGAUACGACGUCAUAACGAUUUCUUAUCAAAACUUUAGUACACAGGACAAUAUAAAAAAACGGGUUAACUAUUUGAAGCAAUGCAUGAAUAACAUACAAGAAAUGAAGUCAGUGAAACAAACAAAAUCAAUAUAGUGCAGUGUUGGUCCAAUAAAAUUCAAAUAAAUAUUUAAAAAGAAUGUAUAAA